AAAUUUAGCCGUCGGAUAUUACAACAGGUUCCGGUGCACUUUCGCUUUGUACAUUGUAGAACGUUAAGAAUGCCGAAAGACAAUCUAAGGGACAAGCUUGAGGGAAACGAGCUCGAUUUGAGUCUCAAUAAUUUGGACACAGUUCCUGUUAAAGAAUUGGCAGCGAUUCCAAAAGCAACCCGUCUUGAUUUGUCCUGUAAUCAACUGACAUCUCUACCAGACAAUUUUAGCUCAUUGACACACUUGGUGAAGAUUGACCUCAGUAAGAAUAAGUUGACAGAACUCCCUCACAACUUUGGGAAUCUUCAGAGUCUUCAGCACCUCGACCUCUUAGGAAAUCAGCUUGUUCUUCUCCCCAUUAGCUUCUACAAGCUAACCAAACUAAAGUGGCUUGACUUAAAAGACAAUCCACUGCAGUCUGACUUGAAGAAAAUUGCGGGAGAUUGCUUGGAUGAAAACCAGUGUAAAAAAUGUGCUACUCAAGUUUUGAAGUACCUUAGAGAUUACAAUUCAGAGCUUGAGAGGUUAAAGCAGAAGAAACUGAAAGAAGAAAGAGAGGAAAAACAGAGACUUAAAAAUCGUGAAGAGGCAGAGCGAGAAAGAGUUCGUCAGGAACGAAAACAGAAAAAGCUUGAAAAUAGGAAAAGAAAAGAUUUUAUGGCAGCAGAUGAGGCCACAUCUUCAGUUCCUGCAAAAAAUGAUGGAAAUAAAGAAACCUCACUUAGAAAUGGAAAAACAGACAAAAGACAGAAAAGUACAGAUGCCAAGUCUGGAAUGUCUUGGCUGACCAUCCUGGCUGUUUUGAUGGUGGUUUUGGGGGUUCUGAUUGGUGUCUGUUACACUGUGUGCCAAGACAACAAGGGUGAAAUGUGUGUGCAAUACUGGGAACCAGCGAAAACUGGAGUCGAAGUUUUUAUUGUCAACAUCAAAACCAAUACUCAAGAGCUUACGGAAAAAUCCAUCGACACUCUUCACAAAUAUUAUAGUACUUAUUUUGGAAAUGAUCAUGAUAAUACAAAAAUCCCCCCAAAUAAGAAAACUCCUGAAAAUACAGCUCAGACUUGAUCUUCUAAUUUGUUAGUGGAAAAAAGUUGUUGUUAAGUUAAUAUUGGAAGUGAUUGAAUUUUGUGUAAAACAGAAUUUUUUUUCAUGGAAAUGAUCUUUCUCAUUGCAGUUCACAAAGAUUAGAAUCUAUUUUUUGCAUGUUUGUAAAAAUCUGCAUUGGAGAAUCACUGUUAUAGAUUAAUCUCAUUCUUUUGCCUUGACAUUAUAGUCAUCAUAUGCUUUCUUCAAAAUUAGACAUAUUUUUAAAAAAAAAUUCAUUUUAGAUGACUUUUGAGUCAUGUGAUGGAGUGCCAAUAUGUGCAUUAAGAUUUUAUAACUUUAGAACAUCACUGAAGAAUCAUACCCUUACAGAUCUAAUGUAACAAGUUGUUGACUGAUUAAAAUGUAGCAAGUUGUUGACUGAUUAAAAUUCCUUACAGAUCUAAUGUAACAAGUUGUUGACUGAUUAAAAUUCCUUACAGAUCUAAUGUAACAAGUUGUUGACUGAUUAAGAUAAAAUCACAUUUUAGAUGACAUUUCAUUGCCAUUAAGUAGCUUUUAUCUCCAAAGAUUGAUUGUAUAUUAUUUAACGUCCCUCUCGAAAUUUUUUUACCCACAUGGAGACGUCACCAUUGCCAGUGAAGGGCUGCAAAAUUUAGGCCUAUGCUCAGCGCUUGUGACCUUUGAGCAAGGAGGGAUCUUUAUGGUGCCACACCUGCUGUGACACAGGGCCUUGGUUUUUGCGGUCUUAACCGAAGGACUGCCCCAUUUAGUCGCCUCUUGAAACAAGCAAAGGGUACUGAGGACCUAUUCUAACCCAGAUCCCCAUGGGAUUGUCUCCAAAGAAAAAAGAAUAGCUCAUCUGUAGAACAUAUUUAAUUACAUACCAGUAUAUGAAAUACCUGUGUUUGCUGUUUGCAUUUUUAACAUAUUAAACAUAAUUUAUUUUUAAUUUUGCUUUGCAUGUGCAUAAAAUAGUUUUCAAAGACAGAAUAAUAUCAAUAUUGAUAUAGAUGUACAGUGUAUUUAUAUUUUCAUUGCUUUUGACAUCUUUACAACUUGCAGUGUAAACAAUGCACGGAUGAAUUUUGAUGAAUGUAAUGACUGGGGAUUCCAACGAAAUGAAAAUAGAAAUGUAAGAAAUAAUAAAUAUUUUAUUCUAUUCAUAAAAGAGCAAAGAUGCAAGGACAUUUUAGAUGAAUGACUGAAUGUGUAUGUAUUUCACAUCAAAUAUGAUUUACAGAUGUUUUGUUUAUAUACAUGUAAGUAGUUCUUCAUGCAAGGCUUUUGCAUUAUAUUUGACCUUGAUUUACCAUCUAGUUCUAAAUAGGAAGGUUUGUACAUGUGUGAACUAUUACAGAAUUAACAAAUAUGUGUGACUAAAGCACAAUCUUCAAACCAGCAUUUUAUUGGGCCAAUCAGAGAGGUGAUUGAAGAUUAGUAAAUCAUGAAAUUAUACUGAAACCAGUGGGGUAGAAAUCGUCAUACUGAAACCAAUGGGGUAGAAAUUGUCAUGCAACAUAUGGGAAGAAUGAUCGGCGAAACCUGUAUAGGAUUUUUUUGAAACAUUAAAAUGUUUCAUUUUAUCUCUGUCUUUGAACGAUUUUAUAAUAAAUUAUAAUGAAACCAACAAACUGAGACUGGUAAUAAUACUAGUAGUGUCAUUAUAAUAUAUUGACAUAUUUCAGAUGUUUUUUGCCUCUGAUAUCUUUAAGGAUGUUGGUGAACAAUGCAUAGGAAUCUUGAUAAAUAUUGUACUUCUAUUUUAAUAGUUGGGAAUUCUGAUAGAAGGGAAAAAAGUGAACAUAGUUACCAUGCUUCAUAUAACACAUUGCAUGAGAAAUAUGCAGGUGUUAAGCUUUGAAGUUCAAUCCCUCAUGUAUAUUCAAAAAAUGAAAUUUAUUUCUUAAAUAUGAAAACUAAGUUUAAUAGAACAGGUAUGUGUUAUUUGUUGAAUGAAUGUAAUAUAUUUUCAUGUGUAUCUGUUAAUGGGGAUGAGGAUGAUGAAUAAAUAUUUUUGAUUUAAAA